AUGGCUCACCGUCGUCCUGCCUCCAAUGGAGGGGCAUCUACGAGGCCGUCCGAAGUGGUCUUCAUCCUUUCCAUUCUCAUUCUCUUCCUCCUGCAAGCUGAGAAAGGGGGGCAUUGCGCGGUGAUCAUUGGUCUGAGGAGGCACCAGAGCGAGGGGGGGCGGCGGCGGCCAUGGCUGGAGGGCAACCAGUCGCUGGGCUGCGACAUCUUCUCCGGGGGAUGGAUAAAGGACGAGUCCUACCCUCUCUACCAGUCCUCCGCCUGCCCCGCCGUCGACGGCCAGUUCAACUGCCAGCUCUACGGACGACCCGAUUCCGACUACCAGCGCUACCGCUGGAAGCCCAGCUCCUGCGAGCUCCCCAAGUCCGCCCCCUCCAUUCCCAUUCCUAUUUCCAUUUCCUUUCUCUCUCUCUCUCUCCCUAGAGAAUCUCUCUCUAUGUUUAUAUACUGACUGUGAAGGUGGGCGCAGGUUCGAGGGGAGGGAGUUUCUGGGGAGGAUGAGGGGGAAGACGGUGAUGUUCGUCGGCGACUCGCUGGGGAGGAACCAGUGGGAGUCGCUGGUCUGCAUGCUGUGGGCGGCGGCGGGGCCUCUGUCGCCGCCGCAGCUUCUCCGGGGGGUCCCUCUCUCCACAGCCAGCUUCCUGGUGCGGCCCCUCUCUCCCUCUCUCUCUCUCUCUCUCUCUCUCUCUCUCUUUAGACAGGCCAUUGAGAGCUGUUGUGGGCAGGAGUACGGGGUGACGGUGUCCUUCUACCGGGCGCCGUAUCUGGUGGACAUUGCGGCGGAGCAGGGGAAGAGGAUCCUCCGGCUGGACGCCGUCGCCGGCAACGGCGACGCUUGGAGGGACGCCGACGUCCUCUCCUUCAACACCGGCCACUGGUGGACUCAUAAUGGCCCCCUUCAGGGGUAUACACACUACUCUCUCUCUCUCUCUCUCUCUAGUUCUCUUACUCCUCUCUCUUACUGGGUGGCGUGGGAAUGGUGGCGGCGAUGCAGAUGGGACUACAUGGAGGAAGGGGGAUCUUAUUACGCCGACAUGGAUCGGCUCGUGGCGCUGAAGAAGGGAAUGAGCACAUGGGCUAACUGGGUAGAAGCCAACGUCGACAGAACCAAAACCAGGCUCUUCUUCCUCUCCGUCUCCCCCACUCAUUACAAGUAACCCCCUCUCUCUCUCUCUCUCUCUCCUCAUCAACUUGCUUGUUUCCUGGGGCCCACAUCCGGAGGUUAUGGCUAUGGAAAUAGCUAGACUUUAUGCGGGGCCAACGAGAAAAACCCCUUUAUGGGCCCGAAUAUUCGGCCCAAAGCAAGUAGUCAUCUGGUGGGCCGUUUCAAUUCUAGUGGGCAGUUGAAAACUGUGAUAGUGUUUUUUAUUUAUUUGCUGAAAUACUUCCCCCACCUUUUUCUGGUGUUGACCGUGGAUAAAUGGUGGCAGCCCGGCGGAGUGGAGCGACCCGGUGUCGAAGAACUGCUACGGGGAGACGACACCUGUCGGCGGGUGGGCCCAUGGUGGGCCCUACCCGGACCAGAUGAAGGUCAUCGAGGGCGUGGUGGGGGCCAUGAGGAACCCCCCGUAUUUACUGGACAUCACCGCGUUGUCGGCGCUGCGCAAGGACGGGCACCCCUCGGUCUACAGCGGCGAUCUCAACCCCGAGCAGCGAGCCAACCCGGAUCGAUCCGCCGACUGCAGCCACUGGUGCCUGCCGGGCCUGCCUGACACCUGGAACCAGCUGCUCUACACGGCCCUCUUCUUCUGA